UUUAGUUGUCCCUUAUCAAUUGUGCUGAAAAUGGUUGUGGAAAAAAACGGAGGAGUCGCGCUCGCCCAUCCCUUGGAAGGCGAGGAGGUCGUCAUUACAGGGAUGUCUGGACGUUUUCCCAACUCGGACGACGUGUACCAGUACAGGAGCAACAUCUUCAACAAAGUUGAUAUGGUCACCAAUGAUAAUCGGCGCUGGUUACCGACCAACCCUGAGAUACCCCAUCGUAUUGGUCAAAUUAAUCAUCUGGAGAAGCUGGACGCUGGUCAAUUUGGUUUGCAUCAAUUCGAAGCCAACCAGAUGGAUCCCAUGGUCAGGAUUUCCUUGGAGAAGGCGUACGAGGCGAUCGUCGAUGCCGGUUACAACUUGAACGAGAUGAACGGUGCAAGAUGUGGUGUCUUCAUGGGGUGCUGCUUUUCGGAAACCGAGGAGGUGGUGAUUAUGAAGACGAACGUCAGUCCAAACUUUGGCCUGACAGGGGGUUCUCGAUCUAUGACUGCGCAACGAAUCAGUCACUACCUCAAUCUGCGAGGGCCUUCGCAUACUGUUGACUCGGCGUGCAGCAGCUCACUUUACGCCUUGGAGGACGCGUACCGGGCGAUCCGGACUGGUAGAUGCGACAGCGCAUUGGUUGGCGGAGUCAGCUUGUGCCUAAAUCCCGUAACAUCGUUGCAGUUUGCUCGGUUAGGUGUUCUGAGCCCGGAAGGGAUGUGCAGGCCGUUUGACGAAGACGCGAAUGGUUACACACGCUCCGAGACCGUUUCCGUUGUCUUUCUGCAGAGAGCUAAGGAUGCUCGGCGAAUUUAUGCACAGUUGCUGCACACAAAAACAAACAGCGACGGCUACAAAGAGCAAGGGAUAACGUUCCCGUCGAGCGAAAUGCAAAAGGUCCUCCUAGACGACACGUACGAGGAAUGCCAACUGGAUCCCACCGUAAUCGACUUCCUCGAAGCGCACGCCACGGGGACCAGGGUCGGCGAUCCCGAAGAAAUGGCCGCGAUGGAGCAAGUCUUCUGCACUAACCGCGACAGACCACUGAUCGCCGGCUCCAUCAAGUCCUACCUUGGUCAUGCGGAGGGCGGGAGUGGAAUGUGCUCGCUGGUCAAGGUUUUGCUCGGAAUGGAGAACGACUGCCUUUUGCCAAAUAUCCACUACGAGAAUCCGCGGUUAACCAUAAAGGCUUUGGUCGAGGGCAGAGUGGUGGUCCCUUUGGACAAAAUGCCGUGGCCGGAGAACGGAUCGGGGGUGGUUGCGAUUAACUGCUUCGGCUUUGGUGGAUCGAAUGCACACGUUGUCCUUAAGAGGUUCGAGAAACGAAAGGUUAAUGAAGGAUCGCCCGAAGAUGACUUACCGCGACUCGUAUGCGCAAGUAGUCGCGUGCCGGAGGGGUUGAAAACCAUCUUUGAUGACAUCGGUGGACGUAAACUGGACGCUGAGUAUUGCAGGAUACUUCAAGAGGCAUUCAAGGGUACUACCUUUGAGCACCCUUACCGUGGGUACAUCAUCCACUCCAAGGCCGGCGAGCUGAAGAGGAGCUCGACAAGGUUCGACAGUAAGAGUCGCGUAUAUCUGCUUCUUCCAGGACCAACCAUGGAGCUCCUCGACAUCGGCAGUGGACUCUUCAAAUUUUCACCAUUUUCCGCCGCCGUAGAGAGAAUCGCCUCACUCCUACCGCCCGAAGUUCAUCUGACCAAGAUAAUCAGAAAUGGCGAAUGUAAAAGCGGGCGAGAAUUAGUACUCGCAAAUUUAUCCAUUCAGCUCGCCUUCAUCGAGCUGCUCAAGGAGUUGAAUUGCUCGUUAGACUACACGGCGGGGAUGUCCAUCGGGGAGUUAUCCGCCGGUUACGCAAACGGGCGGAUCAAUCUCGAACAGGCAAUCGCGAUCGGGUACGAAAUUUCUCGACUGGUGGGCGAUGAUCUGCGUCUCGAUUACGCCUUAAGUACCAAAAGCUCGGCACUAUUGAGCCGGCUACAAAAAUUGAUACCCAAUCCCGAAGGGAUACUUCACAGUCUCCUAAAUCCGAAACCUCUGGAGGCGCGCGUGUUGCAACGGAGACGCUAUCCCCAGCUGGCCGCUGUCGUGCUCGGUUCCGAUCAGAUGCGGUUAAAUGGAUACGGCACCUUGAACAUUUCGGGUAGAAAUGCAGUGACCUCAUUUCUGAAUGUGGUGGGAAGUCUUUACAUGCUGGGCCACAAUCUCAACGUGGAAGCUCUGUACCCGCCGGUCAAGUGGCCGGUGAGUCACGGUACGCCCAUGAUCUCGCCGCUAAUUAAGUGGAACUACGAGAUGGAUUGGUUCACAAAGCUUCGCAGGAAACACGAGGGCAGUCAAGUCAUUCUUUUGGUUAGUAAGGAGAUUGAUUGGUCCAUCUUACCAGGGCACGUCAUUGAUGGUAUGACAAUAAUGCCCGCAACUGGUUACCUAUUCAUGAUCUGGGAGACGUAUUGUAAAGUUUUGGACAUUCCAAUAGUCGGAUCUCGAGUGAACUUUGAAAACGUCCGAUUCCAUAAAGCUGUCCACAUUUCCAAAUUAUCGGAGAUGAAAUUCAAGGUCACCAUCGGGCGAGAAACCAACAAAUUUGAGAUCGGAGACGUCGACGAAGUGAUCGUUUCCGGAAGCAUACGCGCCCUCUCGGACACGGACGAAUUCAUUGACCUUGCCUUGUCACCUGAAGACGACGAAGGAAUCUCGUUUGCGUCAAAAGAUAUCUACAAAGAACUACGUCUGAGAGGUUACAACUACUCAGGAGCGUUCCGCGCACAAGAGAAAAGCCAUAUUUCCGGAUUGAUCAGCUGGAUUGAAUGGGACCGUAACUGGAUCGCAUUCAUCGAUAAUAUGUUGCAGACGAAGCUUCUCGGGGAAGAUACGCGAAGUCUGUUCGUCCCCACGUUCAUCGGCCAGUUGAAGAUUGACGCCAUCAAGCACUUCGAGUAUGUUAAGGAGUUGGGCAACCCAUCCCUACUGCCUGUGUACAACCACCGCGACGCGGAUGCCAUCAGCUGUGGAGGUAUCGAGCUGCGGAAGCUUUACGCCACGCCAAUCAUGCGCCGUAAGGUGACCGCCGAGCCGGUCCUGGAGACGCACAAGUUCGUACCGUUGAACACUGAGCUGCCCAUGCAUUCUGCAGUGCGCGUCCUGGUGCAGAUCUUCCUUGAGAACACGCUCUCCUUGAAGGUUAAGAUCGUAGAGGUCGCGCAAACUGACGCGAUAUCUCCAAUUCUGCAAGAGGCGUUGAACGACCAGCCGUUGGUUAAGACUGAAGUUACAAUUUUGGGUGACCAGAACCUGACUGUCCCAAACUCGAAGGUCCACAACAAGGCGUUGUCCUCCGAGAAACAAUGCGCGAUAGUAAUAGUGGAGGGGGGAUCCGGUAAACUUGCACUCCUUCGGGAGGCACAAAGUGUCCUCAAGGAGAACGGCAUCAUUAUCUCAAGGGAGAGAGGCGAGUUAGCUCCAAAUUUCCCUGGCCUCGUGCUUCUGGCGCAAGUAAAAACGGAAACGGAAACGCUGAUCAUGCUGAGGAAGGGUGUGGGUUAUGCCAAAGAGCACGUGAUCAUGGCCAAGUUUGAUGGAACAACUUACGAUUGGUUGCCCAAACUUCAGAGUGCCAUCCGAAAUGAAACCAAAACGUUGGUGGUGGUUGAAAAUGAGCCUUUAAGCGGCGUGCUCGGAUUCUUCAAUUGUCUAAGACGAGAACCUGGGGGGAUGAACUUGAAAUGCGUGUUCGUUCAGGACGAGGACGUUAAAUUUAACCUCUCCGAUCCACUCUUCAGCGAACAGCUAAGCAAAGACUUGGCGAUUAACGUGUUGAAGCACGGCGCUUGGGGUACCUAUCGCCAUCUGCCUCUGGAGCGCUUGAAAGAGGUUGAAAGCCAGCACGUCUUCUGCAACCAGAACGUCGUGGGGGUCGUGUCGACGCUUAAUUGGGUCGAAGGGCUAGUCACGCAGGAGAACACUAAGGAACUCGAACGAUCGGUCAAGGUAUACGCCAGUUCCAUCAACUUCCUGAAUAUUAUGUUGGCUUCCGGUCGUGUUCCUUUGGAGGCGUUCAUAAAGGAUCGGAUUACUUUAGCCACAGCGCAAGGUAUUGAGUACGCUGGGAUUGAUGCAAGGGGCGAGAGGAUAAUGGGAAUUGUACAGUGUGGGGCUAUGGCCAGUUCCGUUGUCCCCGACUGUGAUCUGAUCUGGAGGAUACCGCGUGAGUGGAAUAUGUCCCAGGCCGUCAGUGUUCCGAUUACCUACUCGACGGUCUUGUGCAGUUUCUUCGUGAGCGCCCACCUCAAACCGGGACAAAGCCUCCUGAUACACUCCGGUGCUGGAGGCGUAGGGCAGGCCGCCAUCUACAUAGCCUUGUUCUACAAGUGCCAAAUAUUUACGACUGUAGGUACCGAGGAGAAGAGGAAGUUCAUCAUGGAAACAUUCCCUGAAAUACCAGCUAGCCACAUCGGCAACUCUCGCGACACCUCCUUCGUGCAGAUGGUUUUAAAGUACACGAAAGGAAGGGGGGUCGACUUGGUUCUAAACUCCCUGGCCGAGGAAAAACUAAAAGCGUCACUUCAGUGCCUUGCGCCGAAAGGAUACUUCGUCGAGAUAGGCAAAUACGACUUGGUCAACAGCAACAAACUUGCACUUUCUACACUUAGCGAAGGGCGUAGGUAUGCCGGCUGCAUGUUGGAUAUGUACUUCAAAGGCCCCCACAAUCAAAAGCACAAAGUACAAGAAAUCCUGAGCAAGUUCAUGAAACAAGGGCCGAUUAAGCCCUUGAACUUUACCAACUUCAACAUGAACCAAGUGGAAGAAGCCUACCGUUACAUGUCGGCUGGUAAACACGUCGGAAAAGUCGUCGUCAAGGUUCGCGAUGAAAACCAGCAAUCGCCCGAACUCUUCAAGGCUCUCCCAAGAUUCUCCUGCGACCCUUGCAUGACGUACAUCAUUUUAGGAGGCUUGGGAGGAUUUGGACUGGAACUGGUUGAUUGGUUGAUACUAAGAGGUGCGCGCAAGUUGAUUUUGGUCUCUCGAAAUGGUGUCCGAAAUGGAUACGCUGCGUCCAGGCUGAGAACUUGGAAAAUGUACGAGGCUACCAUAAGGGUGUCCACAGAGGACGUCACCAUCGAAGAAGGUUGCGCGCGACUGUUAGAGAGCUCGGAGAAGCUUGCGCCCGUAGCGGCGAUCUUCAACUUGGCAGUGGUUCUUAGGGAUGACCUCUUCGAGAACCAGACGGAGGAGAACUUCGUGAAUACGCUCUCACCGAAGGCCCGUGCGACACAGCACUUAGACUCCCUAAGCCGAAAGCUCUGCCCGCGCCUAGAGCACUUCGUCGUAUUCUCGUCGGUCUCGUGCGGAAGAGGCAAUACAGGCCAGACCACUUACGGCAUGGCCAACUCGAUUAUGGAAAGAAUCUGCGAGAAGAGGAAACGGGAGGGCUACCCAGGUUUGGCAAUACAGUGGGGGGCGAUCGGAGAGGUCGGCCUGGUUGCGGAAAUGCAAGAACAGAACAAAGAAAUUGUUAUCAGUGGCACAUUGCAACAGCGUGUCGCAUCCUGUCUGAGCACCCUGGAAACCUUCCUCUUGCAAAACGAGCCCAUCGUAGCAAGUAUGGUGGUGGCGGAAAAAAAGAGCGUCGCCGAAGGCGCCGAAAGUGUCAUCAGCGCGAUAAAAACCAUAAUGGGAAUAACCGAUAUGAAGACGAUCAGCGAGCACGCCACCUUAUCCGAAAUGGGCAUGGACUCCAUGACCACGGUUGAAAUAAAGCAGACCCUCGAACGCGACUGUGAAGUCUAUCUAAGUCCUAAAGAAAUCCGAACCCUCACCUUCGCCAAAUUAAAGGAGCGCUUAUCCAAAGAAGCAUCAGAUCCCGUGGCUCCAACCCCCGCUGCACGCGCUAACCUCUUCUACACCCACUUCCGCACGGAAGAGGAAUCCAAAAUACCAUUAAAGCGACUGGAAAGUUUAGUUAAAAGAUACGAUGAGGCGCCAUUGGCAAUCUUUCUGCCGGGAAUUGAAGGAGUGGCCGAAACCAUGGCGUCUUUGGCUAACAAUCUGAAGGCCCAUGUGGAAUGUGUCCAGUACGCAAACGACGCAAGCGACUUUCGCUUGGAAGCCUUCGCCAAAUCACUACCAAAGCUAAUACCCCACGUCGAAAAUCAUUUCAACCUCGUAGCGUAUUCGUAUGGAUGUGCUGUCGCGUUAGAGGUCGCUUCCAUCUUAGAAGUUCGUGGCCUGAUCGGAAAAGUGAUUUUAAUCGACGGCGCGCCGGAAAUGUUAAAAAAACUCAUAAAGCUGCAGUUUCCAACGGAACACGAACCCGAAGCCUCCUUGGAAACCGCCAUACUGUUUAACCUGAUCACCUCAUACGCGGCCAUGGAUGCAACAGUAGCGCACCGGGAAACGGUCCGCCAGCUACGCACGUUGGAGGAACGCGUCGAGUACAUACUCGAAAUGACACCCGAAAUCAUCCCGUACUCGAAAGAGUACCAAAAGCAGGUGGCCAUCGCCGUCUGCGGGAAAACGAAAGCUGUAUAUAAUUACGAGGCGAAGUUUCCGAAGCUUAAGUCGGAGGUGACGCUAAUCAAACCGAGUGAAUCGGCCCUCGUAAACUACGACGAGGACUACAGACUGCAGAAGUUGUGCGAGAAACCCGUUCGAGUUCAUACCAUUGAAGGGACCCACACAACCAUCGUGCAGAAUCCCGAGCUUGCCGACUAUAUCAAUAAAAUAAUCAUCAAUAAAGAGUAAUAGUUCAA